CGGUUCUAGUGAAGUUCUGGCAUUACCAGUCGAAGUAUAUAAAAGAGAAGUCAUACAUGACACACGGGAAGCCACGAAAAGCUACUUUAAAUAAAUGAUUAUGGUUUCAACAAGAUGCUAUUUCCUUCUAUAAAUUGGUACAUAUAUGAUAUAUGUUUGAGCAAGGGAUAUGCUAAUGAAGUACCAAUGCGACUAGAUAAUGUUUACUACAUUCCGUAGAGCAAUCAUGAAGCCGCGUAGAGUAGCCGUUGUUAUUCUCCUCCUAGGGAUAGCGACAAUUUUGAUAUUAAACUUUUUUAGAAUCACGAGAGUUCCAAAUGAGUACCAAAUAAGAGAAGAUAGACAAAAAGAAUACCCUAUAACCAACAAAAGGCCAGGUGAUAUUCAAUUAGAAAGGAGUGAGAAGACGACAGAUGUUAGAAAGACUACUGCAAGGAUGGAAAGAGUUGUAGAGAAAAAAGUGGAAAUAGCGCUGGUGUGUUUAACGUGUACCUUAAACAUACGUAAAGACAUAAAGGAUAUUCCUUUCUUUCAAAACUUCAUGUCAUCGUUGUGUAAAACUGCUUCGACGGGAUACGCCUACACAAUAUAUCUACCCAAACAGGAGGGGACAGUAGACAAAGUAAUUAAAGAUAUAUUAGACUCAGACUUUAAAAGUUGUUCGAAAAAGUUUGAUAUACAAAUUCGAAUUAUCCCAGAUAUUGAUUUCAAAACCAACCCAGGCAAGGGACUAAAUGACAUCAUGUACAUAGCAUACUUAUCAGGAGCAUCGUAUAUUUACAAAAUGACUGAUAAUGCAAAUUCCUCGUUUAGUACAAAUAAAUGGACGGAAAUGUACACAAGCGAAUUAGGAAACCGCAAAUACAAUAAUAUAGGGAUUAUUUUCGACUGCAAACAAGAGACAUUCCGGAAAUGUCAAUGUUCUUACUUUAUUCACAAAACUCAUAUGGACAUAUUUGGAUCUGUUUUUCCACCUGAUAUAAUGGGAUCAGAUGUGGAUCAUUGGAUUAAUUAUCUUUAUUCAGAAAACUUUACGUCGUACAUUCCUGUUACGUCGGUUGCUUCUUGCCCUGAACGUGACAUUAAAGGUCAAGAUUUAAUCACGUCUUUAGUAAUAAAGUACAAACCACUCUUGGAACACUUUAUCAGUAGCUUGCGAACCACUCAAACCAAAAGAAAAGAUUGGGUAAUUUCAAUGAGUCUUUGGGGAAACUCCCAUAGAUAUACGUAUGGAGCGAUAAGAAACGCUCAACUUGCAAGGGUUAACUUUCCCGAAUGGACACUUAGGAUGUAUAUCGAAAAACGUGAUAUUCUUCAAAAUAAGCACUCAAAAGUCCCUGGUGAUAUUUUGACAAAGUUAGUUGAACUCGGAGUAGAACUAUAUAACGUAGAUACGAAUCGAGUAACCCUAGGUCCAAUGAUCUGGCGUUUCAUGGUCGCAGACGAUAUGACAGUUGACAGGUUUAUAGUCAGAGAUUCGGACAGCCGAUUAACAGAGCGGGAUGCGGCAACCAUUCACGAGUGGCUACAAACUGACAAACCUUUCCAUUGUAUACGUGAUCAUCCCAGUCAUGGUAACUAUCCACUCAAUGGCGGACUGUUUGGAGGUCAGCCUAGAGAUAUCCUAAAAAUAUUCAACGAACCAUGGAGCAAAUUGUCUUCACGAUAUGGUUCGAAUUAUCUGGAGGAUAUGAACUUUUUAAAUAGGGUCGUUUGGCCAAAGGCAAAGAAUUACUUUUACUGCCAUGACAGUGUUUCGUGUAAGAAAUGGCCCAGUUCCUAUCCAUUCCCAGUUGCCCGCAAUGGCAAAGAGCAUGUGGGUGGAGUGUACGAUCAGUAUAACAUUCCCCGACAGGGAGACCUUGAUAUAUUAAACCUGGACGCCUUACCAGCAGAGUGUACAAAAGUAACAUCUACACAAGCUCCAGAAACAACUAUCGCUCCAAGUACGCUAAAAACAAGUCGACCAGUUGUUAUAUGGAGCAAUGAUUUCCACAUCAGUCCUAUACACGAUCUUAAAAAUUUCUUGCAACCCAUGGGUGUUACGUUCAUUGAUAAGAGCCUGUCGGGACAUUGUCAUCUGACAAAUACAUGUGCAAAUGGUUUGAAAGUUUUGGAUAAGGGAAAUGGUAUUAACUUAGACAGACCCUCCAUCUAUACAGAGUUUUUUAAAGCAUACAAAGAUGACCCUGAAAUGGAAAAAGUGGAUGCAUUCGUGUGUUACCAUCCGUCAUCCAUGUGUGAAAUUUUCAUGCCGUUCAACAAGUCUAUAAUUGUUGUACCCUCAACGCGGUAUGAGAUGGGUCGUCAUUCUAAGGAACGCUGGGAGGCCUGGAAUGUGAACUUAAAACGCAUUUCAGAUCAGCCGCAAAAUACCAUUGGUGCCAACAACCAGUAUGACUUAGAAUACGUGCGCUACUUUACAGGAAUUACACCCACGCUUUUACCGAGUUUCUGUGGUUAUGUGGAAGAUAAGUAUAACCCUACCCGGCCUGGAUUUCUUUUAAGUCCGAUCCACAAAGCUGGAUUCCAAAACAUUUUUCUUGGAGGAUUUAACAAGGCGAAAGAGGAGCUUCACUCUAAUGUAAGUCUGACUCCACUUCGUGAGCUGUAUGGUCAUUACAAAUACAGCGAUCUGGCCAGCCAUCAGGGGAUUGUACACGUACCUUACCAGGUAUCAGUGAUGAGCCUAUUUGAACAAUAUAGGAUGAACAUCCCUUUAUUUUACCCCUCACUCGAUCUUCUGGCUAGUUGGCAACUUACUGACAAUGUUCUCAAUGAGCGAACGUGGAGUUCCGUAUUUGGCUCGAUUCCCGACAAAUCCGUAAUACCUGGUGUACUAGACAACGUUCCAGACCCAAAUAAUGACAAAAAUCUCGAAGCUAUAAAAUAUUGGCUGAAAUUCUCAGACUUUUACCAAUGGCCUCAUAUAGUUUACUUUGAUUCAUACAAAAAUCUGAUCGAGAAACUAAAAUCCACUGAUCUGAGGAAAGUGUCUGAUGGAAUGCGUAAAUAUAAUGAAAAGGUAAAAACUGAUUUGACUGAUAGAUGGCAGUCAAUCUUACAGAAAACACGGAAAUUCUCUAAGCAUUAUAAUUAAAGGUUCCUCAAAGGCAUAUGAUUGAUUUAACGUUGUGAUUAACGGGGCUUCACUUUUAAUUUUAAUUAGAAGAUAUCGAAAUAAAUAUGAUCUCAUUAAAUGCACAUGUGACAUCACUUAGUCAUAAAUAAAUACAACAACAACGAAACCUGACCUACAUGUAGUUCAAACUUCAGUAUACUAACAGUCUAAGUCACCCUUUUUAUAUGUAUCAUUUUAUUUUUUAACCUAGAGAGUCACAGCUAACUACUUUGUCCCCCUAGCGAUCAUAAUACAAAUAUGUUAAGGUUAGUACAUAUAAUAGUAAAAGGUCACACAAAACGAUGAGUACAAUCAAUGAAUAUCUGCACCUUGUCAAAAGGUCACCCUUUCUGUGCGUCAAUCAAACCUAAAAAAGGACCAUACUGCAGUAUUGUAUGAAAAAUUACAUUUAUACCGAAGUAAAACAUUUUCGUAUCGGAUUGCUUGUAAAAAAUGUUUGGCCUCUUAUAUUUUGAUGUUUCGUUCUAACACCUUCAAAAAAUACCAUGGUCGAGACUUCUUAAUAUAACUUAC